GCAACAAGUUUUUGUCCAAGACACGCCAUUUUAAUCAUAAGAGAUUUUUCUCUGUAAAUGGAAUAUCUUGCAAAAAAUGGCGUGUUUAAGUGAAGAGGAAUUUGACGGAUUUAAGGAUCAUGAUCUGUCUCUUAGUUCUUUUGAAGAUUAUGAUGCGAAGUCGUUUAAUUGCUCAAAGUCUUCCUCUAUGACUGAUCUAUACUGUAUUCAGGAUAAAUAUAUAGUUACCUCUGAAGUAAUAGGUCAAGGCGCUUUUGCUAAGGUCGUUCUUGGUUUUUGCAAAGCAACAAACGAACGCGUAGCAAUAAAGAAAAUUGACAAACGUAUUACUCAAGAGAAAAAUCUAUUGGAAAGAGUUCAAAGCGAAGCCGCAAUUCACCUUCAAGUUUCCUCUCAUAAAAAUGUCGUCAAGUUUAAGGAUCUCUUCGAGGAUGACUAUUUUCUCUAUUUUGUUCUUGAGCUUUGUGAAUAUGGUGAUUUAAGAUCGUACCUUACAAAACAAAAUCAGGGUAAAAACUGUAGGUGCAGCGAGAAUGAAAUUCGGCAAUUUUUACAACCCGUUGUGGAAGUUUUAUAUUUAUUACAUGAAAAUGACAUUGUACACCGAGACUUGUCUCUAUCAAAUGUUUUAGUAACCAAAGACUUAAAGUGCAAAUUGUCAGAUUUUGGUCUGGCUAUAAAAUUAGAUAAAAACAAAGAGAAUGGGGGAGGUAAUAGAGCUUUUUGUGGAACGCCAAAUUAUAUAGCUCCAGAGCUAAUCAGAGAUAAAGUCUAUAGGAAAGAAUCUGACAUAUGGAGUCUCGGAGUAAUGUUUUAUACAGUUUUAGCUGGUAAGGAACCUUUCGAUGGACAAGACAGAAAUCAAACUUUUAAAAAUAUAUUAAGCAUGGAUGUUAAAUCAUAUUUACCAGAGAAUACAAGUAAAGAAGCGCAUGAUUUGCUGAACAGGACGAUUUGCUUAGAUUAUAAAAAGCGAUUAUCACCCAAAGAGAUUUUAAAUCAUGCAUUUUUUUGGAAAACAGACAUAAGGAGUGAAUUCUCUUCAGAUUCUGGCCGAGAAACACUAAGUUCGGCUUGCAAACCUUAUCGACCCUCCAUAUAUACAGAUUCUGUAGUAUCUCAGCCAACUCAAAUUGAUUCGACUGAAAGAACGAAACCAGAGAAAAUAUCAACAAUUAGGUUAAAGCCAAUUAAAAGUCAUAACAAAGAUACUAUUAUUGAAAUUAGGAAAGAUUCAUAUGUUACUCUCCACGUCCAAAGAAGGAGUGGUCGUGGAUAUGACGUAUUUCAAGUCUCUCCAGACGGCGAACAAAUAAACGUUUUUACAACGAAAACGCCUUUAGGUGAAGAUGACAAUCAAUGCCCUCCCUCGAGUAAAUCGUACACAUAUGAUUCUUUACCAGUUAAAUAUUGGCAAAGAUAUGCCUACGCCACAAAGUUUGUUAGAAUUGUUCGUUCUGGUACGCCAAAAGUUACAGUAUAUACUGAGAAGGCUAAAUGUAAGCUAAUGGAAAGCUUAGACGAUUAUGAGGCUAUUUUUCAUGAUGGAACAAAGAUUUCGGGGAAUUUGUCAAAAGAUCAAAUACGCAUAAUUGAAUCUGACGGAAAACAAUAUAAUGAAUUACCAGCAAGAACAAAAGAUAAAUGGAAAUAUGUGUGUGAUCUACUAAAAGAAUGCCAUUUUAUUGAAAGUUCUUUUCGGAAAAGAAAAUCAGAAAUCUUAGAUUAUUUUCCUGUACGUGUAGGUGCGAACGUUUUUGUUACAAAAAAUUCAGAUGGCGUUAGUAGUGCUUGUUUUUAG